CUAUGUGGGUGUAGCGUUUGCGGAAGACGUUGGCUUGCUCUCGCGAUACUUUGGAAAAGUCGUGGGAUUUUAGAAAUCGAGGGUUGUGGCAAAGGGGGUCGAUAUAAAAGGAACUCCUUAAUAUGAGUGAUGAUAAGCCCUUCCAGUGCACUGCUCCUGGGUGUGGACAGAGAUUCACUAAUGAAGACCAUUUGGCUGUCCACAAACACAAACAUGAGAUGACACUGAAGUUUGGCCCAGCAAGAAAUGAUAAUCUUAUCAUUGCAGAUCAAACUCCUACACCCACCCGCUUUUUGAAGAACUGCGAGGAAGUCGGGCUCUUUAACGAACUCGCAAGUCCUUUUGAUCAUGACUUUAAAAAAGCAACUGAAGAUGACAUCAAAAAGUUACCACUUGAUUUGUCACCUCUUGCUACUCCCAUUAUACGGAACAAAAUUGAGGAACCUCCAGUUAUAGAUGCACAUAGAGACAGCCCCCUGCCUCAUCCUGAAUCCACUACAAGUGAUGAUAAGGACUUAACUUUGCAGCCAGCCUCACUGCCAACAUCCACUAUAGUCCAUCCUGCAUCCCUUCAAGUUCCCAAUGUACUCCUAGCAACCACAGAGGCUAGUGUUGUAAUACAGCCAGCUCUCCCAUCGCCAACAUCUAGCUCUGUUAUUACCCAAGUCCCCUCCACUAAUAGGCCUCUAGUCCCAGUGACUGGCACCUUCCCUGUGCUCCUACAGUUGCCUAAUGGUCAGACCAUGCCUGUUGCAAUACCUGCAUCUAUUACAAGCUCAAGUGUACAUAUUCCAACUACUAUUCCCCUUGUCAGACCUGUCACCGUAGUGCCUGCCGUCCCUGGAAUCCCUGGACCCGCCUCGCCACAACCUCAGCCCGUCCAAUCAGAAGCAAAGCUGACGCUGAAAGCAACAUUAAGUCAGCAGCUUCCUCAGGUAACCAAUGGAGACGGCGGCGAGGUCCAGAGCAGUGCUGUAACCCACACUGUUAAUCCCGCUUCCCCGGCUCCAACCCCAACCCCAGCACCGGCUGCAAUCUUAUCCCCAGCUCCUCAACUGCCUACAAGCGAGGAAGCCUCCACACAUUCCCUCCAGCAGCCGGCCACCUCCACCACAGAGACACCCGCUUCUCCUGCUCCUUCUCCGCCAAACCCUCCAACCACAGGGGGUAGACGGCGCAGAACCACAAGCGAAGACCCUGACGAGAAGAGGCGGAAGUUCCUGGAACGUAACAGGGCUGCAGCUUCUCGCUGUCGGCAAAAGAGGAAAGUGUGGGUCCAGUCUCUGGAAAAGAAGGCCGAGGACCUCGGCUCCAUGAACACACAACUACAGAAUGAAGUCACCCUGCUGAGAAACGAAGUGGCUCAGCUGAAGCAGCUUCUUCUGGCUCAUAAAGAUUGCCCUGUAACCGUCAUGCAGAAGAAGUCUGGCUAUCACAAUGCCUGUACAGUCUCUGAUAAAGAUGAAAGCUGUGAGGAGAUGUCAGUCCCCAGCAGCCCGCAGAACGAGGCCAUUCAGCACAGCUCCAUCAGCACCUCCAACGGAGUCAGCUCCUCCUCCUCGACGACCGCGGCCGUCUCCGCCCCUCCCAGCGCCACUUCGGCCACAUCACAGCAGAGCACAGAGGAGAGCCAGCCGCGGAGGACAGGCACCAGGUCCCAGCCUUCAGCUAGCUGAUCGUCUCAAACUGUACCUUAGCGUCCCGCGCUGGAGUCCCAUUGGCUCUCAGAGCUUUUACUGUCACACAAAAGAAAGCUUCAGCUCUGGACCUAACAGUUUUUAAUUUAUUCUCGAUUGUUUUGUUGAUGUUUGGUAAAUUUUGUACUUGAUAGGCUAUGCUUUUAAAAAUGCAAUGUUUUCUCUUUACUAAAGAAAGGCACUUUAGGUGUGACAUGUAAAAAAAAAAAUUGUGGCUUAACUGUUUUUAUAGCUGUUUGAAUCAUUUAUUGCUCUUAUACAGCAGGGGAAAAAGCGCGUAAACAUUUCUCAGUUAUAUUUCUAAAGUAUGGAAGAAAAAAAGUCUCAUUGGAAUCUACCUUUUUUGUUAACACCGAAUUUUAAACACUGAAUUUUUUUCAACAACGGAUUUUAAACACUACAUUUUUUUUAACACCGAAUUUUAAACACUGAAUUUUUUUUAACACCGAAUUUUAAACACUGAAUUUUUUAGACAUUGAAUUCCUUACACUCAAUUGUUAUCUGGUAGAAAUUCACCAGAAACAAAAUCAGCUGCAAAAGUGUUGACCUUUUGGUGAACUCAAGCCAAAUCAAUCUACAUUCAAUAGAGUCGAGCAGCUUCUGGCCAAUGAAAUUAGCUCAUUUGGUCACGUGACACAGCGGCUGCGCUCACGGGUGCCGUACUAGCUGUGAUCGGCUCAGUUGUUUCUCCCAUUCUGAUAAGAGGAAAAACUAAUAGAUGUCUGUUAGUAGCUAACUGACGUUUUGUAAUUCUAUCUGCUUAACAAAAAAAUCCUCAUUCAGCCGCUGUUCCCGGCUGAAUGACUUUUGCGGCUGAAUUUUUUGCAGCUGAAUUUUUACCAGAUAAAAUUUAGUUUAAGUAAUUAAAUGUCUAAAAAAAUUCAGUGUUUAAAAUUCGGUGCCAAAAAAAGACAGAUUCCAAUGAGACUGUUUUUCUAAAACAUACUAAAGGGGUUGUUGAGAUGAAAUACACUACAGGUGUUGGUUAUAAAUCAACAACAAUUCAACCCAUUACUUAAUGAAUUAUGGAAAAUGAAGUAAAAUGAUACAAUGAAGGUUAGAGCAACCUGACUGAAAUGAGAUUUUGACUGUUUUUUGGGUUUUUUUUUGUUUUGCUGCACAAUCUGUCUUUAAAUCUUGAUUUUUCAGAUCUUUCCAGGGAUCUUCUGCUGGAUUUCAGUUCAGGUUACUAUACAAACUUGAUUGUAUCUUCUGAGGCAUUGUCUCGUUAAUAACAAUGUCUUCUGUUGGAUUUCCAUCCAAAAUCUUCUAAUAAAUGUCCCCUUUCAUUUAAAAUAUUAAUUUAUUGUCCAAGAAUGGGGAGUUCAUCUUCUAGCUCAGUAGUUCCAACCCUGGCCCUCAGGAAAUGCUGUGGAUUUUACAGGAGCUCCAGAAAAUGUUUCUUUCAUUUCGAUGUACACACAGACCUUUGCAGUCCUGUUAAACGCUUUUCUUUGGGUAGGCUUAAAUCUAUCUUAAGCUCUCUAUUGGUGCUCCUUGUAAUCGCUUUGUUGGUGGUUGAGAGGGCACCUUAAAUAAAAAAGUUUUUAAACAGGCAGUUUCCUCUUAACAAAGAGGGAGUUUGCCCACUGGUUAUUGCACAGCCCUCGAUUCCAACGUCUCGCAGCAGUAAAGUUGCAAAGGUCAUAAGCAAAAUAUUUGCUUUUUCUAAUCAAUUCUAUACAAUAAAAUGUGUUUUUGUUUUUUUUAUAUGAACCUGCUAACACAGUAUAUUCCUAAUAUGGACUUUUCCUGUCUUACUGCUAGUAGAUUCCAGCUGAUAUACUGGCUUUCUAUGAGUUUUCAUAGAUUUUCUCUGACUUACAGAUUUUUUAGCUUAAUGAUAAUUCAGCACCAUUGCACCAAUUUAUGAAGUCAAUUAUUUUGAUUUGAUUAUCUUGGUUCUUACUGACUAACAAUGUGAAUUUCAUCUCAAUGGCCCCAUUUAAAAAAACGCUUCCUGGGGAAAAACCUUGGCGUUACCUGCUAUAUGUUUUUUUACAUGAAGGCAGUCCAUUAAUAAGUUUACCAAAGUGCUUUAAGGUUCUUCUGUUUUAAAUCAUUUAUAAUUACUCUUGUUAUAAUAAAGUUUUUUUUGUUUGUUUGUUUGACCAUUUUGCACAUAUUUGAGAGAUGACGGGUUUACGUUCUGAGUUGGUUGAGCACCGGCAGCUUUUUUUAGUAGUAGAUUUUUGAAUGCUGACACAGACAUUGCAUAGCUGAAUUUGGCUGAGAUCAGCUGUAGUGGCCGUAGUGCAAGUCUGAAUGUUUGGGCUCACCUCUGCAUGUAAAAUAGUCCGAUGGAGGUGAGCUGCUUAGAUCUGUGUGUUUUCUCAUUUACAUUCCAUCUGUAGUCUGAUUGUUCCUGAAGCAGUGAUUGUAGGGUUGAGGUGCAUUUUAUUUUCAUUCCUCAGACCAUGGUGAUGUUGACCUUAUUCAGUGCCAUUAAUGUGUUUUGCAUAAAUGAUUUCCGUAUUCAUUUUAAUGCAGAUUAAGCUUUGGUUUAUCAUUGUUCUCCCAGAUUUAAAGGGCCCCAUGAACAUGUUUGCUCUGCUUUGUUAGCUGUGUUUGCUUUGCAAGUGACUCUUUAGGGCUUAAGUGUCUAAUGCAAAACAUUAAACUUUCCAUGAACAAAAACCUUUCUAGGAAACACUAAAAGAAAUUAGAUCAGUAAUACAUCAUAUGUGAUCUGUCUUGAUAUUUCAUUUUAUAGGAUUGUACAGCUUUAGUAGCUCCAUUACCUGGUAAAAAUGACUCACUUUGAGAUGCAUCUAUUUUUGAUUCAAUUGGCUUAUGCAAAAUCAAUAUCAUUUAGAUGUGGAUUGAAAUCACAUUAGCUAUGUUAGUUACAGUACAGCUAAUGUGCCUAAAGAAUUGUGAUAAUUGAGAUAAGUACAAAAAACAAAUUUCAACUUAAAAAGUCAGUUUGCCUUUUCCCUUUUAGUCUGUACUGGCUUACUACUGUGUAGUUGAAGAAAAAACAAACAGGUUAAGACAUUGUUUUCUUAAAAUGUGAUUUUUAAGGUUUUACUGUUAUGUGCUUAUCUGCAUGAAAUAACGAUUCUCUGCGAGAAUUUUGCAGUUUAUUUAUGUCUCAAUUAAGAAAACAUCAAACAAGUUAUUACAACUUGUAAAGGCUUAUGUGAUUUUUUUUCUUUUGUUUUUCCCCUCAGACUUAAUGGUUACUAAGGGGUGUGGUACUGUGUUGACAGUGUAAUUGUAAUGUGAAAGUUCUGUAAAAAAAAAAAAAAAAAAAAGUUAACUAAUAAGUUGUUGUAAUAAACCUUUUAAUAACUCUUUAAAAA